CAUCCAUCCACCUGCUCGUCUUUCCAUGUAGGCGUGUCUUCAGCGAUCAGCUGCUCAGCAAAAGUCACAUGACUCGUAAAUAAUAACCAGGCUCGAAAUCGAAAGAGUUUCCUUCAAUUAGACUUAACAUAAGUUGACUGUUUUCAGCGUCGCAGCAGAAAUCAAGAAAUCUUUCAAGAUGAACGAUAAAACUAAGCGCUACAACCGGAGCGACUCUACAAUCCGAUUUGUGGAUGAAGAGGAUCAGUUUGACUUUCUGUGUGAAGGUUUUGAUUCCCCAAGAGCCCGGAUGUCCUGCGAACAUGUGGUGACCCCGAUGUCCCUCACAAAGUGGUGCCAACAAUUACUCAAACAGGGAAAAACAAGGUUUGUGUGCGGUCAGUCUGGCUGUGAUGCUGAGUGGCCGUAUCAGGAGGUUUGCAAAAUGGCCGUGCUGACCCCUGAAGAAAUGAAGAACUUUGAGACGACCAUGGCCCAGAAUGCUGCCGCCAUAGAUCCUAAUGCAAAGUUUUGUCCAGGCUGCAUGACUCCUGUGACCAGAGGAAGCAGCUCAAACCUCUACGUCUGCUGCCAAGUGUGUUCAGUAAAGACCGGACGCAGCUUUGGGUUCUGCUGGCAGUGUCUGAGGGAGUGGAAAGGUCGACAGCCUCGAUCCGACCGCUGCGAAAACGACGACUGCCACAAUUCUGCCCUGAAGACGCUGAGAGAGUGUCCAGAAGUCCAAAUUGAGCUAGCGGGAGGAAUCAAAGGGUGUCCAUCGGUCCGUGCCUGUCCCACCUGCGGCUCACUGCUGCAGCACACUGGGAAAGGAUGCAAAGAGAUGUCAUGUCCCCGAUGUAACAUGAAGUUUUGUUUUGGCUGCCUAAAAAGUGUUGAUGAAUGUAUAACAGAUGACUUUGAUAUUUGUGGUAUUGCCCCCAGACAGACGUCUAUUCCUAUGUGGGAUGGACGUAUUAUUCCACAUAGGUAUGGAGAUCUAUUCCACCUCCAUAGACGUCUAUUCCGCAUCAAUUCCUAUUUGGAAUAUGAAUAGACGUCUAUUCUAUUCUACGUCCAUUAUGUGAUGUAUUCAUGAUGAUACAUCACACCAUGAGGUGAUGUUUCUCAUCAUGGUAGCUCAUGAUGAGCUACCACUAUUUUUUAUUUACCUUGUUGUUCUUCCUAUUCAUGUAUAAUCUUUAAAAUCCAAUAUUUGCAACAAUUUGAACAAUCUUUGUACUCUGCUAACUACAAAGUAGCUUCCAAAUAAAUCUUGUCAUGUUGUGAAAUGUAUUAUGAAACUACAAUAGAUGAAGAAAAUCUUUGGGAACCACUGCUUUAAAGGAUCUCCACACAAAUAUGUAGCUUUUUGUGCUGUUUGAUGCCUCUAUUAUUGUAUUUGCAUCAAGUAAUCCUAUCAUAUUGUAAGAGUCUUCUUUUAUUAUUCAUAAAUCAGUCUUUGUCACUUGAUUGCAUUUUUUCAGUAGUGCAAACUGAAAAUCAGGAAUUGUUGAACAAAUAAAAAUGUUGCUAUUGUUUUGGCUAAUUAAA